AUGAUGAAGGUUUCAGGCAAUGGAUUUUGUUCACCACUUGUGGUGGUGGUCCUCUCCCCAGACACCAAGGAGGAAACUGUUGCAUGGCUACUGAGGAGGAUGAGAGAAAAACAGCAGGAUGGGGGUGCUGAACUGCUUGUGGAUCCACUGGGCUCUAAGGUUGAAGAGAAAGAAAACCCAAACAUCUUUCUUGUGACAGCCUCGUGGCAAAGACUACUCACUGGUGCUGAAGAUUUGGGUCUUUUCAAGGAGUUUAAUGAUGGCUCCAUGAGGAGUUUUACAUUCAUCAACAGACACAACUUUAAAGAAUUUCAUGGGGAUGGUGACGGCUUUCUCAGCAUGGCAGAGUGUCAGUACAUCAUUAAACAUGAGUUGGAGACGUUACGGGCUAAAGAUGAGACACAUGUUCCUGGAUAUGCACAAGCUAAGCUGUACCCUGGGAAAUCGAUUAUUCGGAGACUUCAAUCUAAAAAAAUAAUGAUCCAAAUGUUUCCACUGCAUGACAAAGAAGAACUCAAGAGACUAUCUUUUAAGUGGUACAAAAAGGUCAAGACAUCACUUCAACCUCUUGACAACAUCAGACACUACUUUGGAGAGGGUCUGGCUCUCUACUUUGCGUUCCUGGAAUACUUUACAAUGGCGCUUGUGCCUCUGGCCCUUCUUGGGCUGCUCUAUUGCCAAUUUGACUGGGAGAAUUAUGACAAAUAUGUUUUCUUUGCUGUUUUCAAUCUCAUCUGGUGCACUGUGAUCCUAGAGUUAUGGAAGAGGUGCAGUGCUUCUCUAGCCUAUCAUUGGGGCACGCUGAGCAGAAAGAAGGUGUUUGAAGAACCAAGGCCUGGUUUCCAUGGGAUUCUUGGAUUCAACCCAGUGACAGGGCGAGAAGAGCCUCUUUACCCCAACUACAAACGGCAGCUCCGUAUCUACCUUGUGUCCCUUCCCUUUGUCCUGCUCUGUCUCUACCUGUCCCUCUACGUCAUGAUGAUAUACUUUCAGAUGGAAGGAUGGGCUCUAAUGCUUUAUGACAAGGAUCCUACUUUUUGUACAAAACUAUUUUUGUACAUUCCUGGUAUUAUAUAUGCAGUGGUUAUAGAGAUUAUGAAUCUCAUCUAUAGAUAUGCUGCCGAGUUCCUGACAGAAUGGGAAAACCACCGGCUUGAGUCUUCCUACCAGAAUCACUUGGUCCUCAAAGUAUUAGUGUUCAACUUCUUAAACUGCUUCGCCUCGCUGUUUUACAUUGCUUUCAUAAUGCAAGACCUUGUGCUGCUCAGACAGAAUUUGGCAACCUUGUUGAUCACCAGUCAAAUCAUUAAUCAGUUCAUGGAAGCUUUCCUCCCUUACUGGCUUCAAAGGGGACGCAAUAAAAUGAUGAUGAUGGAGAUACCUUUGAAUGAGCAGGUGCGGAUGGAAAUUCACAUGAGCACUUACUUGGGUACAUUUGAUGACUACCUGGAGUUGUUCCUCCUGUUUGGUUACAUCAGUUUAUUUUCCUCAGUUUAUCCUCUGGCUGCAGUUUUGGUAGUUUUGAACAACAUCACUGAGAUUUACUCUGAUGCAUUCAAAAUGUGCAAUUUGUAUAAACGACCGUUUUCAGACCCAGCUGCAAACAUCGGGAUCUGGCAGCUUGCCUUUGAAGCCAUGAGUGUCAUUGCUAUUGUGACCAACUGUACACUUAUUGGCAUGUCUCCUCAAGUCAGAGCUUACUUUCCCGACUCAGAAAUGCAUCUCAUGCUGUGGACAGUGGCUAUUGAGCAUGGGUUACUGGCGUUCAAGUUUAUCGUGGCUUUCCUGGUUCCAGAUAUACCCAAACACAUUCGGAUCAACCUGGCUCGUCUGGAUUUUGAAUCAAUGGAGGCUUUAAAAAAAAAGAAAAUGUUUGAAUUUCCAGUGAUGAGAAGAGUUGCCGGGGAAAAAGAAUAA